UGUCCUCUGUAGAAAUUUGUUUCCCUCCAAACAAACCCGUAAUCGAAGAGUCGUGUGUGGAAGCUUGAACAGUUCUCUGAUGUUAAUGGCGGGAUGUUAGGCGUGGGAGUUUGAGAUUGUUGCUUGACGAUGUGAAAUUCCUGUCAAUAGAAUAGCAUUUUUUGAUUUACCGCAAUCCCUAGCAAAUACGGAAGCCCCUACGCUGUUGAUACAUCAACUCCGGCGGUGUAGGUGCUUGUGACGGUGUUGUGAUUCGAAGUAGCGAGCGGAAAGUCUUCGUAGGCCUCCGACAAUGGUUCCAGGUAGCAGUGGCAGCAGGACUGGUAAACGGAAACUUGGGUUAAGGUCACCACAAACAUCGACAAGGCAAGCCAGUAAAAGACAAGCGAAGCUCCCAUUCAAGAAACAGAAAGGGCCGGGUGAUCCUGUUCGAAGAGGUUAUGUUGAUCCGUCGAAAUUAAUGUACCGGUCAAACAUAUCCGGGCUGAUUAGCACAGUUCUGGAACUGGAAUUACGUGAUGGCCACAUCAGACAGUUGCAGAGAACGCCAUUCUGGCUAAUGAUUGAUGCUAUUCGGGCUAAACGACUUGGAUCCUAA